AUAGAAAUAUUUCACGAAUGGAAUUUUGAGUCAAGAAACAACAUUUAAUUAUUGAAUAUUUUGUUUCGACGUACUUGAUUUUACUAAUUUAAGAUUUAGAAAUGAGAGUAGUAUUUAUCACAGGUACAGAUACGGAUGUUGGCAAGACUUUCAUAUCUGCUUUAUUUACCAAAGCUUGGAACGCAAAUUAUUGGAAGCCCAUUCAAACAGGGUUGGAAUCGGACCAAGGAGAUACAGAAACAGUGAAGGAAUUAACCAGUAUGCCUAAAGGUCAAUUUGAGAGACCCCAAGUUGAACUUAAAUUUCCUUUGAGUCCAUGGAGGGCAGCCAUAAAGGAAAAUAAACCACAAACAAAGGUUAAUGAAAUUAAGAUCCCAGCAAAGUUCUUGAAUAGCCCACGGCCAUUGAUCAUCGAAGGGGCAGGGGGUUUAUAUGUUCCAAUCAAUGAAACAGAGAUUACUACAGAUUUGAUUUUACACUUUGAUGUACCAGUAAUUUUAGUUGCCCGGAGUGGAUUGGGAACCAUCAAUCACACCCUUUUGAGUUUAGAGCAUUUGAGGAACCACGGCAUACAUAAAGUAUACGUAGUCAUGAAUGGACCAAUCAAUGCUGAUAACGCUGAGGCAAUUGAGGGAUUUUCAGAAGGAAUCAAGGUUAUUGCGAGUAUCCCCUAUUCCAAACUGAACGAGAUUGAGAGUCUUUUGAGUUACGUACCUAGUUUAGAUUCUAUAGAAAUGAGCUGAAUCAUGAUGACUCGCUAUUUUUUUUGUUGAGUGCGCACAUCGACUUAGAGUCACAUCGACUGAAUAUAACAUUAUCUUAUUGCAAAAA